ACAAGGGUUAAAGUUCGACCCUGCCCUCUGACUAAUAUGACCGGAAGUAGCGGUUUUUACUGGACGGAAGACAGCAGUCAGUCAAACAAGUUAGAUAUUAAUCCUCCAUCGACGUGGAACUCGUUUAGGCUUCUUGUUUCCAGGUUUUCUUAGGGAUUUUAUUUUAGUGAAAGUGAAACAUCAGCCUCCCUCCUUCGUCAGUGUGGUUUCCGUUAGCUGCGCAGUCGCGACACGACUGCUAAAUAACUUAACAGCGAAGUUGACGCUAGCACUGACGGUUGAAUAACGGACUAGCCAGUUAGCUUUCGCCAACGGUUCCAACACAGACCUGGAGUCAAUGUUUAACCGGACACGAGUGUCGUUGUUUGUUUUCUCUCACUUGGGAGUUUACUCAGUCAACGGUUCUGGGAUUUGGUCGCUCCUUUCUCUGUGGCGCUGGGUGAGAACUUAGCUUGGUUUUUAUUAUGGCUAGCUGUAAUUGUUCGUAGUGGAAACGUCGCGUCUCUUCCCAGCUUUCGCUUCCCCGAGCCGAGGCGCUAUGAUCGCUGAGAGGAAAUAGCCCGUUGGAUAUUUCAGCUGCUAUGUUUUGUAUUCCGCCGUUGUUGCUGGUUGAGUUGCUGCCACAGUGAUCAACUGCAGGACACCUGGUCCAGCAUGAAGGCCCUCGGCUCCAGAUUCUCCUUUUAUGCGGGUUUUGUGGUGGGGACCUUCACAUUAUACGUGUUCCUGCGGCAGGUUUGGUUUGAGAGGUCUGAGCAGGCCGAAGGCUAUGCGAAACUUGGUGUCCAGCAGCAACAGUUGGACGAAGACCAGGGGAUAUGGAAGAAGGAGAGGUCCGCUCUGUUUAACUUGGAUCACCCUCAUCAUACAGGUGAGGAUAGCCACAUGGCUGACGAAUUGUACAACAAGGUGCGAAUCCUUUGCUGGGUGAUGACUGGUCCCAAAAACUUGGAGACGAAGGCUCGGCAUGUCAAGUACACCUGGAGCCGCCAUUGCAACAUAGUCGUUUUCAUGAGCUCUGUGGAUGACCCCGACUUCCCCACGGUGGGACUUGGCACUAAGGAGGGGCGCGAUCAGCUGUACUGGAAAACGAUCAGGGCCUUCCAUUACGCCUACGAGCAUCACGCCAACGAGGCAGACUGGUUCCUCAAGGCGGAUGACGACACCUACGUGAUAGUGGACAAUCUGCGAUGGAUCCUUGCCAACCACACGCCGGACGAGCCGAUUUACUUCGGCCGAAGAUUCAAGCCCUACACCAAGCAGGGGUACAUGAGCGGCGGUGCGGGAUACGUACUGAGCAGAGAAGCCCUGAAGAGAUUCGUAGAAGGCUUUAAAAACAAAGUGUGCACUCACACUUCGUCUGUAGAGGACCUGGCGAUGGGGCAGUGUAUGGAGAAGGUCGGGGUGCUGGCAGGAGACUCCCGAGACACUGCGCAGAGGGAGACGUUCCACCCCUUCGUCCCCGAGCAGCACCUCACUGCCAAGUUCCCCAAGAGCUUCUGGUACUGGAGCUACUGCUACUACCCCAUCUCAGAGGGUCCAAACUGCUGCUCAGAUGUGUCGGUGUCUUUUCAUUAUGUAGAUGCCACAGGCAUGUACUUGUUGGAGUACUACGCCUAUCACCUACGUGCCUUUGGCUACAGAUACCGCUACCAGCCGCCCACCCCAAAGGCUUACAGAGCUGAACUUCCAAAUCCCUGGGAUUCUGCCGAAAGACUAAAAGAGCGGGCGUCUGGGAUGAAGGAGUCCGGGGCUGGAGAUGAUUCAGCGCAGGAAGCGGGUCCUGUGCCUGUGGCUGCUAAAGACCCCGCUGAAGCGCCGGUUUGAUGAUGAUACGGAUUUUAAGUUGGAGAAAAUGGCUGUUUUUCGUGCUACCCUUGCAUUGUGAUAAUCUGGGAUUGCAGUUCUUCACAAGCAGGAAAUUGGCUCCACUUUGAUCCUAAGUUUCUUCCACAUACAAGUGCAUUCCCUGAGGAUCCUGGAGCUCAGCGACUGCUUUCAACAGCUGUGACUGCAAGGCUGUUCCUCAGGCUGAGGCUUUUACCCUUUUAUUUUUUUUAAGUGGUUUUACAACUGUGUUCUUGGACACCUGUGUUUGUCUAUAUUGAUUUUUGAGAGGGUGAUCCUGUUCCAACAUUUUAAAAAAAAACUUCAUUUAAGCAUUGUGUUUUAUGUUUUAAGUCUGUAGUCACAACAAGAAAACCGUCAUUUGGUUUUCCUUCACAACCGCAGAAGUUGUCUGACUUCAUUCCACACGGAGAACUGUAAAUCUGCAAGGGACGACCUGAUUGUGCCAAGAAAGCCCUGGUUUUAUGUUCUGAGCUGUAAAAGCUUCUCAUCACUUCAAAAUA